AUGGAUCUGUCGUCGACGGUGCCGGCGUCGUCGCCGUCCUACGGGAAGGCGGUGGACGCCUACAAGAAGGCCGUGGCCGCGGCGGCCACGGUGACCGCGUACUCCGUCCUGGCGCGCGGCAUGGCGCGGGAGCUACUACCGGACGAGCUGCGCGCCGCGGCGAGGUGGGCCGCGUCCCUCCUGUUGCGUGGCCGGCCCCGUGCGGCGCCGGAGCGCCGCACCGUCGUCAUCAAGCAGCGCGAGGAAGAAAGCCGCUUCGAAAACGGGUUCUACGCGGACGCGCGCGCGUACCUGGCCACCAGGAUCGACCCGCACGCCAUGCACCGGAUAUGCCUCAGCCGGGCCCGCCGCGCCGGCGGCGACGGCGACGAAGAAGGCGGCGGCGGGCAGCUCCUUUCCAUGGAGGCCGGCGACUCGAUGGCCGACGUCUUCGAGGGCGUGGAGUUCACGUGGGCGUCCGUCGCGCCGGACGAUCACAUCAGGGAGGCGUCGCUGGAGCUCACCUUCGACGCGGAGCACACGGACAUGGCGCUUGGCAGGUACGUCCCUUUCAUAACGGCGAAGGUGGAGGAGGCACGGCGGCAGGAGGGCGCCCUCGAGAUCUUCUCGAGCGAGCGCGAGUCGUGGCGCGGCAGCAUCUACCAGCACCCGGCCACGUUCGACACUCUCGCCAUGGACCCGGAGCUGAAGCAGUCCGUCCUCGCCGACCUCGAUCGGUUCUUGAAGCGCAAGGACUACUACCGGCGGAUCGGCAAGGCGUGGAAGCGCGGGUACCUGCUCUACGGCCCGCCCGGCACCGGCAAGUCGAGCCUUGUCGCCGCCAUAGCCAACUACCUCCGCUUCAACCUCUACGACCUCGACCUCUCCGCGGUGCACUCAAACUCCACCCUGCAGUGGCUUCUCGCCUCCAUGCCCAACAAGUCCAUCCUCGUCAUCGAGGACAUCGACUGCUGCUUCAGCGCAAGAAGCCGCCACGGACCCGAGAAGAGCGGCGAUCGCAAUGCUGAUGAACACCCAUCAGAUUCCUUACAUGACCCUCUUCCCAAUGAUGACUGCAUGGCAAGUGGCAUAACUCUGUCGGGGCUGCUCAACGUCAUCGACGGGCUGUGGUCGACGAGCGGCGAGGAGCGCAUCUUCGUCUUCACCACCAACUACAAGGACCGCCUCGACCCUGCUCUGCUGCGGCCAGGCCGGAUGGACGUGCAUGUCUAUAUGGGCUACUGCGGCUGGGAGGCAUUCAAGACGCUGGCCCGGAACUACUUCCUCAUCGACGACCACACGCUGUUCCCGGAGAUACAGGAGCUGCUCUCGGAGGAGGAGGUGACGCCGGCCGCAGUGUCGGAGAUGCUGCUGCGGAGCGAGGACCCCGAUGUGGCGCUCCAGGGGCUCACAGAGCUUCUGCAGGACAAGAAGCAGGGCAGGCCUGAACAUGUAGGCAAGUAG